AUGGAAGCAUUACAUACUAAUGUAACAGUAACCAGUGGACAAAAAGCAAAAUUAACAUGUAUAUUUAGUAGUACAAAUCAUGAAUUAUCACUUUCAUCAUCACAUCAAUUAAUAUGGAUUCGACAAAGUUAUGCAACACAUAAUGGAGAUUCAAUAUUAGCACAUAAUCAAGAUUUAUUAAUAACUGAUUAUCGUUUAAAUAUUCAACGUACAGAUACUGAGUAUUCAUUAACAAUAACUAAUAUUAAUAUUGAUGAUGAAGGAAUCUAUACAUGUGAAGUUAAUAGUCAACCACCACAAAAAGCAUUUGUUCAUUUAUAUGUUCAAGGUAAGUGUAUUAUUUUUCAUGAAUAUCUCGUUUCAGCUUUUUUCUAUGCUAGUUUUUUUUCUUAA